AACUUAACUUUUAUUUAGUUUUUUAUAUUUUCCAGGUCAUUAAGGUGUGCACGUAAUACACUACACACUCAUAUGUUUGCAUCAUUUGCUAGUAAUAAUUUACUGUGGUUGCUGUGGUACAACUUAGUCAUCGAACAUCCUACAGUUGUUCUAAAUAAUGAGUGGUGGUGUCAAGUGCUUCACGUAGUAACUCAUUAUUUUCUACUUACAAAUUACGCGUGGAUGUUUGCAGAAGGUUUUUAUUUACACACUUUGCUGGCAUACGCUUUUACCGCUGAAGAUACGUUAGUCAGAUGGCUGUGGAAAUUGGCCUGGUCCGCUCCGAUGGUCAUUAUAUCAGUUUAUGCAACACUACGAAUAGUCCACAUGCAAACGUCCGAAUGUUGGAUGAAUGAAGCUUACUGGUCUGUUUUGGUGAUGCCAGUCAUUUUUUGCCUUCCUAUAAACGUGUUGUUUCUGUUUAAUAUCGUCAGAGUACUCUGGGUCAAGUUACAAGCUGGUCCAUCACACUUAUCUAAUAGCACACCAUCACGGGCAAUGCUUCAAUCGUUCAGAGCUACAUUAUUACUAAUGCCACUGUUAGGUCUUUAUUAUUUGUUAAUGCCUUUCCGACCUGAAAAACACCAUCCUUGGGAACGUUAUUAUGAAAUUAUAUCAGCCGUUACAUCAUCGUUUCAAGGGCUAUGUGUGGCAACAUUAUUCUGCUUCCUAAAUGGAGAAGUGAUAGCACAGAUCAAGAGACGAUGGCAGUUUACGUUUUUUAGAAAUAGAGCCAACUCUUAUACGGCAACAACGGUCUCGGUACGUCAGGGGCCCAAUAGUAUGUACUCCAAAGUAACACAAUUGAGUUAAGAGGAAACCAAAUAAUACGCGUACCAUUGUUAAUUUUGUUAACUAUCAAAGUUCCUGAUUGAAAAACAAAAACAUUCAGAUUAUUUAAGGUUAGUGCGAUACCUAAAAAAUACAAAUUAACAUAUACUUGUAUUCGUUGUGACUUUAAUUGUUAUAAAAUUUUAGUAUGCUUAAUUUAUAUUUGUAAGAUUGUUAUUAAAGUUUAAAUAAAUUUUAUGAUAUGUGUAUUUAAUUGUUAAGUUUUAGUAAUAAGUAAAAUUUUUAAUCUAUUCAUGUGUGAAUUUUUUUUUUAAUAAAAUAUGAUUUUUUAUAUAC